AUGUUGCACUCACUACCUGAACCGAAUUCACAUGGCACCUUGACACAGCUACUGCCUGUUUCUCAAUCAUCGAACUAUCCGGGAAGUAAGGCCAGGCAGCUUUCAGACGCCGAGUGGGAAGCCUUGAAGCCAUUGCUACACACACUCUACAUCAAGGAGAACAGAACCUUGGCUGCCACCAGGAAGGCUCUUCUCGAACGUUAUGGCCUCAAUCUCAGCCAGAAGCAGCUUACCAAGCGGUUCCAUGAUUGGAGCUUCAAGAAGAACGUUAAGCAGCACGAGACAGAGGCAUAUUUGCUGGAAGCAGAAGCCUUGCGGGGAGAAGAAGAAGCUUCUAUCAAUGGAGUCCGGAUCACUACGGCCAAAUACGAACGCUGGGAAAAGAGAGCAAGGAUUGAUGAGAAACAGAAAAGCACACAUACCAAGAACGUCGUCGAGGCGUUUGAUACGCCCUCUAGUCUCACCCGUUCAGAUCUUCUAUCGUGCACUCCAUCAACAGAUUUUCCGCGCACUUUAAGACAUGAACAGAGCUCGGAUAUGUUGAUCGUGUCACCCUCAAAGCCACUGGAAGACCAAGUCAACUCUUUAACGCGUUGCGGUAGCACAGAAGACCAUUUUUCUCCAUCGUCGGCUGCGUCUUCGACCGAAGCUACAGAUCCUGGAUUCUCUCCAAGCGCGCUCCUGAUGGGCUCUUCCGAGCCAUUAGGUUCUCCAUCGGAUGCUCAUGUAAACAUUGGUACCGUCCAAGAGCCAGAACAACACUACAUAUUGCCUAUCCCCUUACAAUCUCCAGAUCGCGACAUCGACAUAGUGACUCGUCUUUUCUCGGCACUGAAGAUGAAUCACAUAGACAUCCCCUUACACACCCCACCGACUCAAGCUGUCGCAGAAGUGUUCACGCCUGCAAACGAUACCAUUUGCCUGCAAGAAUUAGAGGCAUACAGUCAUGAAGGAAGACUCGUGCCUUGGGCCGGCAAGCAGUCUACGUCUCAAAGAACAGCAUCUCCAGGCAGCGUUGGUGCCACCCGUUACCACGAUGAAGAGACGCAUCAACAGGGCACUGAAAUAUCGAUAUCUUACCAAUACGGCUCAAGAAAGCGCACUACGACUGGCGCACUCAAAUACGCUUCUGUCGAUGUGAUCUUCUCAUCAUCCAGAGUGGUUGAGCUUGAUCCGUUCUCUCUGGAGGUCUACCCAUUCCCGCAGGACCAAGGAAGGCGGCUCGAGGUACAACCAACUGUGACAUUAUACGAAUCCACACGCAUGAAUCUCAACGACUGCAUUGCCAAGAUCAAUAAGCUAGAGAGCGCUUGUUUGGGGUCGAAGACCGUCGCGACGGAACUGAGACGGAGACUGGCAGAUGCAUAUUACAACCUUGGCUACUACGACGAAGCUGAAUACCAGUACAAUCAGAUUCUGCCAGUAUUCGAGCAAAAUCAUGGACAAAACUCGUGGGAGUAUAUCUCCACUAAGAUUUGUCUCUCUGGCUCAAUCUCUCGUCUUGGAAGGCCUGAAGAGGGCCAUCAGAUGGCUCAAGAUGCCCACAUUCUGGCACGAAGGUUUUAUCCAGGCAGUUCCUUGUACCAGGAUGCUACUGGUUUCUUAGCGAAUUCUUUUGGAUACCUGGAUGAGUUCGGAAGUGAGGAGGAACUUCUAAGGGAGCUUAUCCAGAUCACAUUGACCACCUCUGGCCCUAAACAUAGUGACGCCAUAAACAUCAUACUAAACCUUUGCACCUCAAUGAAUGAUACAAAGAAAUAUUCGGAAAGUGAGGAGCUGUUGAGAGUUGCGCUAGAACUCAGCUGUAACGCUACAGAUAUUUCUGAUCGGGAGCAAUGUAUGACCCGGUACAAACUUGGUGAAUUGCUUUACAACCAAGACAGGUAUGCCGACAGUGAGGCCUUGCUCAGGGAGACAGCGAAGAUGUCAGAAAAGCUGCUUGGUAUCGAACAUGAUAACACAAUCUGUUGCAAGAUCUUACUAUGUCAAGUCUUGGUACAUCGAAAGCUGCUUUCAGAAAGCCACGAUAUCCCUCUUGAAAUCAUCGAGGUCCAAGUCAAGAAACUGGGGGAGAUCAGAGGGAGCACAAUCAGAGCUAUGGCCGAUCUUAGCGUCGUGCUGAUAGAAAUGAGAAACAUGGACGAGGCAUACAAGUGGAUGAAGCAAGCGUUACGCUACUGCGUAGAAACAGGUGGAAUCCAGAGCGACCGUGCAGAGCAGUUCUUCGAAGAUUUGAGCAGCAUCAAUGAGGUAGAAGAGCAGCACGAGCUCAUCCUGGAUCUGUACGAGAGAAUAAGGAUAAAGAUCACUUGGAUAGACGUUGUCCAUUGGGACAGGUUAUUGUCCGCCCUAUCGCCACAACCAUGUAUUCUCUUACUGGACUCCUAUCGCAAAUCCAGCUGCCCAUCGGCGCCAGUAACCGACACCGGAUAUCUACACGACGAGCCCAUCUUAUGA